AUCAUCGCUCACAGUUCUAGCUAAGCUAAUCUGUCAUUUGCAUCUAAUUUAGCUUCCCUGAUCCAGCGCGUGUAGUAUAUCGGAAUAUGGCCAUCGCCGCCGCUCUCGUGGUCUUGCUGCUGGCCGCUCCGGCUGUUCAUGCCGCUAAGCAUGACAUCAGCUGGAGCAAUUCUGGUAACGUCGAUUACAACACCUGGUCGUCCGGUCAAACGUUCAACGUCGGUGACACUGUUGAGUUCAAGUACAACAGCUUGUUACACAGCGUGGCGGAGGUAUCGCAGAGCGACUACACCGGCUGCGACGCCAGCAACGCCAUCCAGACCUACAGCGAUGGAGACACCAGCAUCACGCUCCCCGCCGCCGGCACAAGGUACUUCAUCUGUCCCACCGCCGGCCACUGCAGUGGAGGCAUGAAGGUGGCAAUCAAAGUCGCCGGCGGGGGCUCGUCCGGCGGAGGUGGUGGAUCCCCAACUACCCCAGCCACCACUACUCCCUCGGGGUCCACCACCCCAUCCGGAUCGUCUACCCCAAGUGCCGGCGGAUCAAGCAGCAACAAGGAGCCUUCACCCGCCGGCAGCUACGGCGGCGCCGCCGCUUCCGUUCUGUACAACCUGGUGUUUGGUUCCGCAGCCGUGGUGGCGACAAUGGUUGCACUUUUGGGCUAGGAAAGAGGCAGUGCUUGUAUGUUAUUAUGCGAUUAAUUAAAAUGUGCUUGUUUUCUUUUCUUGUGAAUUAUAUUAUUAUUCUGUCCAUCUUUAAUUUCAUCCAUGCAAUUAUCACUAGUUCUUGUUGUUAAUUAAUUCCUUGAGUUUGAGAUUGUGUGGAGGGGUGGGUUCUAUUGAUUACGCGUUGAUCGGCUUUGUAUCGUGAGAUAUAUAUUUUCUUUGUUCAACAAUUAUGUCAUUUCUAGUAUUAAAUUUAGCAUUCGGAG